CCCUCGUUUCCAUUCUUCACUUGUUACAAACUCCAAGCUCUCUUCCCACCCCACGCUUCGAUUCGCUUCUCCUGAAUCGCAUUCGGCAACUGCUGCGUUCGAUUUCUCGAUCUCUCUCUGCCUUCAUCGUUUUCGCGAGUUCGUUCUGCAUCGUAGCUCUCUUCUCGGUCUCCAAUCAUGGCCAAAGGCGUGAUAUCUGACGAAGAAGAUGAGGUCGAACUCGACGAGGAGGAGAGGGAACCCGUUGAUGGGGAAGAAUUGGAGGGUCGUGAGAUAGACGAUGACGACGAGGAUGAAGAAGAAGAAGGGCAGGAUGAAUAUGAAAAAGAUGGAUUUAUAGUGGAUGACAUUGACGAUGAAGAGGAGCAGGAUGAAGAAGAAGAGAGAGCAGAAAGUGAUGAGGAGCGACAGAAGAAGAAAAAGAGGAAGAAAAAGGAGGAGUAUGUCCUUGAUGAAGAUGACUAUGCGUUGCUGGAGGACAAUAAUAUCAAUAUUCCUCGUCCGAAGGUAAAUAAAAAGUUCAAGCGGCUGAAAAAGGGCCAGAGAGAUAUGGAGGAUGAGACCUCUGGACUAUCUGAUGAUGAGGAGUUUGAUGGAAGUGGUAAAGUUGGGCGAACUGCUGAGGAGAAGCUUAAACGCAGUUUAUUCGGCGAUGAUGAAGGAGCUCCACUUGAAGACAUUGUUGAAGAGGAGGAGCAAGGAGAAGAGGAGGAGGAUGCUGACAUUGGAGAAGAUGAUGAAAUGGCCGACUUCAUUGUGGAGGAAGAAGAAGUUGAUGAGAAUGGAGCCACUGUGAAGCGCAAUAGGAAGCCGAACAGGAGAAAAAAUAGGCAGGCACCAGGUGUCUCUUCAUCAGCUUUACAAGAAGCUCAAGAGUUAUUUGGUGAUGUUGAGGAGUUGCUUGAGGCUCGCAAUCUAAAUCGAUUAAAGGAUAACAAAGUGACUACAAUUGAAGAUGAAUUUGAUCCUAGUGUUAUUGCUGAUAAAUAUAUGACAGAAAAGGAUGACCAGAUCAGGGAGCUCGAUGUUCCAGAGAGAAUUCAGAUAUCGGAGGAGAGUGCUCCUCCUCUGGAUGGAAGUAGUAUAGACCAGGAGAGUACGUGGAUUGUGAAACAAUUGAAAAAUGGAGCAGUCCCUUGGAUUUGCAAGAAAGUUCCAAGCUCCCAAAAUAGUGGAAAGGGCCCACCAAUUGAAGGGAAUGAUAUUAUCCGAUUUUUGGAACUACAUCAUGUGCAAAAGUUAGAUAUUCCUUUUAUUGCCAUGUACCGGAAGGAGGAGUGCUUAAGCCUAUUGAAAGACCUAGAGCGAUCUGAUGCUGUUGAUGAGGAUUGGGAUAAGAAUAACAAGACACCUGCUCUGAAAUGGCACAAGACGCUGUGGGCUAUAAAGGACUUGGACAGGAAGUGGUUGCUUCUUCAGAAACGGAAGAGUGCUCUCCAAUCAUACUACAGUAAACGAUUUGAAGAGGAAUCUCGGCGUGUUUAUGAUGAGUCAAGACUGAAUUUGAAUAGGAAAUUGUUCGACUCCGUUAUGAAAUCACUGAAGGAGGCAGAGUCUGAGAGGGAGAUUGACGAUGUCGACUCCAAGUUCAAUUUGCAUUUUCCACCAGGUGAAGCUGGUGUUGAUGAAGGGCAAUUCAAGAGGCCAAAAAGGAAGUCAUUGUAUUCAGCUUACAGUAAGGCAGGUCUAUGGGAGGUUGCAAGCCGGUUUGGCUGUAGUUCUGAGCAACUUGGGUUGUAUCUGAUAGAUGUUGUUCCGCAUGAGGUUGAAGAUCCAAAGGAAACACCAGAUGAGUUAGCUUCUAACUUCACAUGUGCAAUUUAUGAUUCCUCUGAAGAAGUACUUAAAUGUGCUAGGCACAUGGCGGCUGUUGAGAUAAGCUGUGAGCCUAGCAUUAAGAAACAUGUUCGUAGCCACUUUCUUGACCAUGCUGUGGUGUCAACUGUACCGACUGCUGAUGGAAAUGUGACAAUUGAUUCUUUCCAUCAGUUUGCUGGGGUGAAGUGGCUGCAAAAGAAGCCUUUGUCUCAAUUUGAGGAUGCACAAUGGCUCCUAAUACAGAAGGCAGAAGAGGAAAAAUUGAUUGUAGUUACGAUUAAGCUGCCCGAAGAGGAUCUAAAUAAGUUGCUAGACCAAUUCAAUGAGUAUUAUAUUAGUGACAGUGUUAGCAGAUCUGCUCAACUGUGGAAUGAGCAGAGGAAGUUGAUACUGCAUGAUGCAAUUUUUCGAUUUCUUUUACCAUCAAUGGAAAAAGAAGCAAGAAGCAUCUUGACAAGCAAAGCAAAGAAUUGGGUACUCAUAGAGUAUGGGAAGGCCUUGUGGAAUAAGGUUUCUGUGGGGCCUUAUCAACAGAAGGAAAAGGAUCUUAGCUCAGAUGAUGAGGCUGGUCCUAAGGUUAUGGCCUGCUGUUGGGGCCCUGGAAAGCCACAAACAACUUUUCUUAUGUUAGAUUCAUCAGGAGAAGUGCUAGAUGUGCUUUACACUGGGUCACUUACUUUUAGGUCACAGAAUGUAAAUGACCAACAGAGGAAGAAGAAUGACCAGGAACGUGUGUUGAAGUUUAUGACUGAUCACCAACCACAUGUCGUUGUUUUAGGAGCAGUUAACUUGUCUUGUACUCGUUUGAAGGAAGAUAUAUAUGAGGUCAUUUUUAAGAUGGUGGAGGAAAACCCUAGAGAUGUUGGGCAUGCAAUGGAUGGGCUCAGCAUUGUGUAUGGUGAUGAAUCUCUUCCCCGUCUUUAUGAAAAUUCUCGAAUUUCCUCUGAACAGCUUCCUUCGCAGCAAGGUAUAGUGAGGCGGGCUGCUGCUCUUGGCCGUUAUCUCCAAAACCCAUUGGCGAUGGUUGCAACAUUAUGUGGACCCAGAAGGGAAAUAUUAUCGUGGAAACUGAGCUCUUUUGAGAGCUUUCUCAACCCAGACGAUAAAUUUGGGAUGAUUGAGCAGGUUAUGGUAGAUGUAACCAAUCAGGUCGGUUUGGACAUUAAUCUAGCAAUAAGUCAUGAAUGGUUAUUUGCUCCAUUACAAUUUAUUUCUGGGCUUGGUCCUCGGAAGGCUGCAUCCUUGCAGAGAUCCUUGGUAAGAGCUGGUGCAAUUUUCACUCGAAAGGACUUUGUGAAAGAACAUAAACUUGGUAAGAAGGUGUUUGUCAAUGCAGCUGGUUCCUUGCGUGUCCGGAGAAGUGGAUUGGCUCUUAACAGCGGCCAAUAUAUUGAUUUGCUGGAUGAUACAAGAAUUCAUCCAGAAUCUUACGCUAUUGCACAAGAGUUAGCUAGAGAUAUGUUACAGGAAGAUGUCACAGAUGUAAAUGAUGAGGAUGAGCCCAUAGAACACGUGAGAGACAGACCCAGUUAUUUGAAAAACCUUGAUGUUGAGGAAUAUGCAUCGCAUAAAGGAUGUCUGAACAAAAUAAGAACUUUGUAUGAUAUAAAAAGAGAACUGAUUGAAGGUUUUGAGGAUUGGCGUAAGCCAUAUGAAGAACCGAGUCAGGAUGAGGAGUUCUAUAUGAUUUCAGGUGAGACUGAAGAGACACUUGCUGAAGGGAAAAUUGUCCAAGUUACAGUUCGCCGAGUACAGGCCCAGAAAGCAAUAUGCGGGCUUGAAUCUGGAAUGACUGGAAUCCUAAUGAAAGAAGACUAUAUAGAUGACUGGAGAGAUAUAAUUGAGUUAUCUGAUAGGUUGCAUGAAGGUGACAUGCUCACUUGUAAAAUCAAGUCAAUCCAAAAGAAUAGGUAUCAAGUCUUUCUUGUUUGUAAGGAUAGCGAAAUGAGGAGUAAUCGGUUACAGAAUAACUGCGAACUUGAUCCCUAUUACCAUGAAGACCAGAGCUGCUUACAGAGUGAACAUGACAAAGCUCGGAAACAAAAGGAGCUUGCAAAGAAGCAUUUCAAGCAAAGGAUGAUUGUUCAUCCACGAUUUCAGAACAGUACUGCAGAUGAAGCAAUGGAGUUCUUAUCUGACAAAGAUCCUGGAGAAAGUAUUAUCCGCCCUAGUUCACGUGGACCCUCAUAUCUUACCUUAACACUUAAAAUUCAUGAUGGAGUAUAUGCCCACAAGGAUAUAGUUGAAGGUGGUAAGGAACACAAGGACAUCACAAGCUUACUUAAAAUGGGGAAGACGCUAAAAAUUGGAGAUGAUACUUUUGAGGAUUUAGAUGAGGUUAUGGACCGUUAUGUUGAUCCCUUGGUGACUCACUUGAAAGCAAUGUUAAACUACCGUAAGUUUAGGAAGGGUUCAAAAGCAGAAGUUGAUGAACUUUUGAGGAUGGAAAAAGCUGAGUAUCCUAUGCGCAUAGUCUACGGUUUUGGCAUCUCCCACGAACAUCCUGGCACAUUUAUAUUAACUUAUAUAAGAAGUACAAAUCCGCACCACGAGUACAUUGGGCUUUACCCAAAAGGAUUCAGGUUCCGGAAGAAGAUGUUUGAGGAUAUUGAUCGGCUUGUGGCAUAUUUUCAGAGGCAUAUUGAUGAUCCCUUACAUGAUUCAGCCCCCUCCAUUAGAUCCGUAGCUGCUAUGGUACCAAUGCGAAGCCCUGCAGCUGGUGGUUCAUCAGGGGCAUCUGUGGGUAGUGGCUGGGGUGGUUCGAACAGUGAGGGUGGCUGGAAAGGCUACUCUUAUGAUAGAGAUCGGUCUUCUACCCCUGGUUCCAGGACAGGACGGGCUGAUUACAGAAACAAUGGGAAUCGAGAUGAACAUCCUAGUGGAGUGCCUCGUCCAUAUGGUGGUCGUGGACGUGGUCGAGGUUCUUACAGCAGUAGUAGAGGACACAACUCCAAUAAUGAAAGGCAGGACUCUGGUUAUGGUGCUGGCAGAUGGGGUCCUGCAUCGAAAGAUGGGAAUGAUGGUUUAAGCAAUUUCCCAGGGGCGAAGGUUCAAAAUUCCCCUGGAAGGGAAGCAUUUCCUGGUGGUUGGGGUGGAAGUGAUGGAGGCAGUGGUUGGGGAGGUGGAGCUAGUACCGGCGACAAUGGUGGCUGGGGACAAGGGAGUGGUGGUGAUCAAAACGAUGCUCAAGAGGGAAGCUCUGGCUGGGGAACAGGCACCAAGAAAGCAGGUGAGGAUGGAUGGACUGGCGGUGGAUCUUGGUGAUCCCAAGUCAUAUUUGACUAACCUAUGUAAUGCGCCUCUUGGAAUGUAAUCGUUUCCUUGACUGUAUUUCCUUGAACAUGAAUAAUCCCUGGGUGGUAUUAUCUUUUGUGGAGUUCCACAUUUGUUCAUAGUUACAUCAGCAUAAAUUAAUGCUUCGAGUUUUGUAGGACAGACUCAUUCCCUGAAUUAUUUUUUUAGUGAUAAAAAGGUCCAGUCGUUCUUGAGAA